AUGGUCAGGGAAUCCAAGAGAACGCAGAUCGGGCUUCGCUUGGGUUUUCACUCCUCGUACUCAAAUGUUGAAGUUGGAGGUAAAAUCUGGGUGUUCUGUAAGCAUCAAUCUGUUGUGACAGACGUAGCCAUCACUAAGCAAAUGAUUUCUCUUACUAUGGCUUUUCACCAAAGCAGCAAUCCAGUCACAUUUUCUAUCGUAUACGUGAGCUGUUCGAGGAUCCAUCGGAGAACCUUGUGGGAGGAUAUGGCCCAGCUGUUUAGGUCCGUGCAAGGUCCCUGGGCACUUGGGGGUGACUUCAAUGUGAUCAUUGACACAACCGAAAGGUGCAGCAAAAGGUCCUUUGACAGCGGUAGCUCCCAGGAAUUUGGUCAAGCCAUCAACAAUGCGGCCUCGAUGCAGGUACACCACCUUCCUCAUCACAAUUCCAAUCAUGCUCCCAUGUUACUUGUCUUUCCUGCUCAGCAAUAUGCAGGCUCGAAACCAUUCCGUUUUCAGCGGAUGUGGUUCCAUCAUGAAGAUUUCAUCCCUCUGGUUAAGGAUGUGGUCGGGAAUAUUUUCUCGACAAUCAAACAGGCUGAAAGCAAUCUUAAUGAGUUGGAGCAAAAUCUCCAGCAGGAUGUGGGGCAGCCUGGUGAAGAUAAUGCUGUCCAGGCUGAGCUCUUGGAGGCUAGAGCGUCCCUUGCCCGUCUUGAGUUCAUGGAGGAAUCGUUCUGUAAACAAAAAGCUAGGAAUAGCUGGCUGGUGGAGGGGGACAGAAAUACGGGGUUCUUCCAUGCAUCUGUUGCUGAGAAAGCUAGAAAAGCGUUGAUCAGUUCUAUUAGAUUGGAUUCAGGUCAGACAAUUGAGUCGCCAGCUGAAAUUAAGUUGAGCAAGCUCUUGCCAUCGCUGAUCUCCCUGGAGCAGGGAGCUUUUGUCCAGGGUCGAUCCAUUUCUGAAAAUAUUGUGCUCUCUCAAGAUCUCCUUCGGGAGUUGAAUAGGAAUGUCAGGGGUGGCAACAUUCUUGUUAAGCUUGACAUGGAGAAAGCAUACGAUAAAGUUGAGUGGCUGUUCCUCAAAAGGGUGUUGGAGCACUUUCGGUUUUCAGCUACUUGGAUUCAGUUGGUGGAACUAUAA